UAAGUGAUAACUAAGUUUGUUUAGGAAAAUCCAACACGAAACAAUGUUAGCAAAAAACCAAAAACCCACCGUCACUCCCUCACCUCACUGGUCAUCCACCAUCAUCAAGCAAGUAAAAACCUCCAUUUUUUUAAAAAUUUCCUCCUUCUCUUCCUCAUUUUCUCUCUCCUAGGGUUCACUUUCACUUCACCUACCCUAAUUUUCGCUCAUUGACCUUAAUUCUUCAUUAAUUAUUCCCCAAUCUCUCCUGCAAUUCUUCAUCAAUGGCGAUUUUUUCAAGACCGAAUAUUCGAGAUAUCUUCGCAUUCAAAUUACUCAUAUCAUUAGCAAUCAUGUAUGGUUUAAUGUCUUUAUUAGUACACUCUGUUCUUCACAUGAAGUUCAUUAAACCACUCGCCAUUGACGCUCCUCUUCAUCAGUUCUCCGAAGGUAGAGCUCUUCAGCAUCUUCGAGUUUUAUCCGAAGACAUCGAUGGACGCCAGGAAGGACGUCCAGGAUUGAAGCAAGCUGCUGAUUAUAUUAUAGAGCAGUUAGAGUUGUUGAAAAAUCGGUCGAAUUCGAAAUUUAGGAUUGAGGUUGAGGAAAGUAUGGUUAAUGGGUCUUUCAACAUGAUGUUUUUAGGUCAUAGCAUAUCUUUGGCAUAUAGAGCCCAUACAAAUAUUCUCAUGAGAAUAUCAUCAGUUAAUUCAACAGAAACUGAUGCUUCAGUUUUGGUAAACGGUCAUUUCGACAGUGCUCUCAACUCCCCUGGGGCUAGUGACUGUGGUUCUUGUGUUGCAUCAAUGCUGGAACUAGCAAGACUUGUAGUUGAUUCUGAUUGGAUUCCCCCUCGGCCAAUCAUAUUUCUUUUCAAUGGGGCUGAAGAACUUUUCAUGUUGGGUUCACAUGGCUUCAUUACCACUCAUAGAUGGCGUGACACCAUUGGAGCUUUCAUUAACAUAGAAGCGUCAGGAAGUGGUGGUCCUGAUGUAGUUUGUCAAUCUGGACCUGGUUCUUGGGCUUCUCGUGUGUAUGCACAGUCAGCUGUAUAUCCCAUGGCUCAGAGUACUGCUCAGGAUAUUUUUGGAAUUGUUCCUGGUGACACAGAUUACAGAAUAUUUGCCCAAGACUAUGGGAAGAUUCCUGGACUUGACGUAAUCUUUCUUCUUGGUGGUUACUUCUAUCACACUUCGUAUGAUACACUCGAAAGACUAUUACCUGGAAGCAUCCAAGCGCGUGGGGACAAUCUGUUUAGUGUUGUCAAGGCCUUUGCUAGUUCUUCAAUGUUAAGGAAUGCAAGUGAACGCCAAUAUCUUGAAUCUUCUGCUCAAGGAACUAAUGAUGAGCGGGCAAUUUUUUUUGACUAUAUGACAUGGUUCAUGGUCUAUUACCCAAAAAACAUUGCUGCAGUUCUCCAUAUUCUUCCAAUAAUUAUCUUUCUCGUUGCUCCAAUCAUCUUACGUCUGGGAAAUUUUGGACUACGUUCUUGCUGUAAAACCUAUUUUGACUUUUUGAAAGGGAUGUUGCAACACUUCAUUGCGAUCGUCAUGGCAAUCAUUGUUCCAAUGGUGUUUGCAGCUUUAAGACUGCUUUUCUCUGGUCAUGCAAUGAACUGGUUUGCUAAUCCUUAUUUGGCUUUCAUGAUGUUCAUCCCAUGCUCUGUUGCUGGUCUGCUUAUCCCAAGAUAUGCGCGUAGAUGCUGUCAUCUUUAUCAAGACAUGACAGUUCAGAAAAUGUCGAGAGAGGCACGAACUGAUGAAGCCGGUUUUUAUGGAGCAUUCGGAUUUUAUGCUUUUUUGACAAUGGUUUAUCUUCUCGCUGGUCUUAGUGGAGGCUGCUUGACCUUUUUCACAUCAGUGUCUAUGUUGUUAUCUUGGAUAUGUACUCAAUCACUCUCUUAUCGUGAACAUUCAUUGAGGUCGGUGGUGGUCUAUACGUUUCCUUUGCUGCCUUGUUUAACAUAUUCAGUCCAUUUUGGUGGAUUCGUUACGCAAUUUUUGAUCGAGAAGAUGGGUAUGAUGGGUUCUCUUCCACCACCAUAUGGAUAUUAUAUGCAGGAUAUUGUAGUGGCAGCAAUGGUUGGUGUUGUAACUGGUUGGUGUGUGAGCCCUUUGCUGCCUGUUAUUGGUGACUGGUUAGCAAGAUCGUCUAUAAUGCAAGCUUUGCUGCAGCUUAGUGUGCUUGCCCUGGCAAUAUCGUCAGGGUUCUUUCCUUACAGUCGGGAUGCCCCUAAAAGGGUUGUAAUGCAGCAUGCAAUCUUAACUACAGAUUCAUUCCAGAUCGCGGACUCAAGCUAUGAGUUCACUGUAGUAGAUUCAAAUUCUCUAUCUUUUCUUUUCAAGCAUGCUCAUGACGCAUCAGAAUAUCUGCAAAUUGGUUCAGGAUAUUCUUCCGAGAAUACGAGAUAUAGAUGGCUUGCGCUUUUCCCUGUGUCUUUUUUAUUUUCAAGAAGCUUGAAGUUUCCCGUCCGACAUGAAGAAAUCUUGAAGCAGUACAGUUCAUUUCCCUAUUUGUCAAUUGUUGAGCAAGAAGAGUUCUCUGAUGCUGGCAUUCGCAAGGUUUAUCUGGAACUCAAUAUAGGAUCUCUAAAAGAGGUUUGGGUGACUGUCCUCAAUGUUUCUGGUCCAUUAUCCGGUUGGUCAUUUGCUGACCAGACAUUACCAGCUCCAGAAGCAAUUGAAGGCGGACCUCCUUCAUAUAUAUGCAGACUUAGUGGCGCUAGCAAUGAGAAGUGGGCCUUCUGGUUGGAGGCAAAUAGUUCAGAACCUCUAAGAGUAGAAGUUGCUGCCCUAGACCAACAUUUGGUCGAGCCAGCGAAGGAGAUGAAAGGCCGUUUUCCAAACUGGGCAGACGUAGUGGCUUAUACAAGUUUUAUGUCUAGUUAUUCAGUUUAGCUCUUAAGCUAGUGCACAGUGCUGCACUGAAGCGAUGGAGGCUCACAUUUUUUUUGCAGCCAGUCAUUUGUAACAUUAUGAGGUCUUUUUUUUUUUUCUUUUUUGAGAGGGAGGGGGAGUGGGUUUGUAACAUUAUAAUUUAAAUUCUUACAGUUUAAUUGGAGAAAAGAUAAUAAAAUAAAUAAAUAAAGCAGUAGUCUUUCACAAA